AUGGAAUUGCGUCCGCUUAAAAGACGACAGAAUGUAAAUACGGCUCAAAAACUGUUAGAACGCAUAUAUUCAGAUGUUCAGCCUAUCAUGAAACUGCACAACUUUCGAGUUGGCUCACUUCAAGAGUUUUAUCCAACAAACCCAAACCUACUUGGUCUGAAUGUCAAUCAUGGUCAAGUCAUUCGAAUCAGGCUUAGGCAUGCAUUUGACGACAAUCAAUUUCUCGAAUUUCAUGAUUUAAUCGGAACCAUGCUGCAUGAACUCGCACAUAAUGUUUAUGGUCCACACGAUGCAAAGUUUUACAAAUUUCUGGAUAGACUAUUUGACAAUUAUGAAAGAUCCCAAGAUGCUGGAUUUCGUUCAAAUGGUAACCGACUGGGCGGCCGUCACGUAACAGAAGAUCAAUUUAAAAAGGAAUCUAUUGCGGCUGCUGAGAAACGACGAAAGCUGAAUGAAAUUAUGAUUCCAGUUGGUGGUCGGAAGCUUGGCACUAGAUCCGAGCUGGACAAUAUCAUGACACCAGCACAGCUUGCUGCUAUGGCUGCCGAACGUCGCGCACAAGAUUCAAAAUGGUGUGGAAUUGGAUCUGAUGAAUGUGACCAUAGUCAAAAAGAUAUGGAGCAUGAUCAUUUUUGUCCAAUUGGUGACGCAGCUGACCCAAUUCUAACUCAAUUCAAAGAAAAUGAUCCACUUUUGGAGAUGUCUAAUAUUGCUGGAUCUAUGAAACGUUCAUCGCAAGCGUCUUUUUCUAGCAACACAUGUAUACCAGCUUGUCAAUCACAAUCACCACCUGCCUCAAUGUUGACAAGUGCGGAUAAUCAAGUUGUAAUAGCCUCUAGCUCUGUUCCAGCAUUCGCCAAUGAGUCAGUCAUGGCAAGUAGCUCGUCUUUAACUCGCGCACAAAGCAUUGAUCAAACAGAACAUCCAACCGUAUCGAAAAUUAAAACAGACUUGACUGCCGAGUCAUUAUCGAUGAACUCGUAUGAUGGAAGCUCAUAUUCCCAGCCAAUUAUCAUUGAAGAUAUUGUCGAAGCUUCUUGGCAGACAGAUGUAGUAGAUUCAUCAAAAACAUGGAUCUGUUUGACAUGUACACUCAUCAACAAAUCACCUGUAUUGCAAUGUGAAUGUUGUCUUGCAAUCCGAUCUAAAUAA